AUGCUUCCUAGAGGGGUUAUACUUGUGUUGGUCAUCGUUGGCCUGGUUGGCAUCGGACUUGCGGUGAUAUUUGCCGUGCGCAGAGGAUGGUUCAACACGCUCAGACAGAAGUAG